UCCGGUCCAGGCUUCCUCUUUCGCGUCAAGAUGGCUACGCCGGCGGCGCCCACGAGUGCUCCUCCCGCCUCUGCGGCCCCAGCUCCGGACCCGGCUGUCGCCCCAGCCCAGACUCCUUCGCCGACGCCAGCGCCAGCGCCGGCAGCGACCCCGGCGCCGGCCUCGUCCUCAGACCCAGCGGCAGCGGCGGCCACCCCCGCGGCUCCUGGCCAGACCCCGGCCUCGGCACCAGCUCCGGCGCAGACCGCGGCGCCCGCUCUGUCGGGGCCGGCUCUCCCCGGGCCCUUCCCCGGCGGCCGCGUGGUCAGGCUGCACCCCGUCAUUUUGGCCUCCAUAGUGGACAGCUAUGAGCGACGCAACGAGGGUGCCGCCCGAGUUAUCGGAACCUUGCUGGGAACCGUUGACAAGCACUCAGUGGAGGUCACCAAUUGUUUUUCAGUGCCACACAAUGAAUCAGAAGAUGAGGUGGCUGUUGACAUGGAAUUUGCUAAGAACAUGUAUGAAUUACACAAAAAAGUCUCUCCAAAUGAGCUCAUCCUGGGCUGGUAUGCCACAGGCCACGACAUCACAGAGCACUCUGUACUGAUCCACGAGUACUACAGCCGGGAGGCCCCCAACCCCAUUCACCUUACUGUGGACACGAGUCUCCAGAACGGCCGUAUGAGCAUCAAGGCCUACGUCAGCACUUUAAUGGGAGUUCCAGGGAGGACCAUGGGAGUGAUGUUCACACCGCUGACAGUGAAAUACGCGUAUUACGACACUGAACGCAUUGGAGUUGACCUGAUCAUGAAGACCUGUUUUAGUCCCAACCGGGUGAUCGGUCUCUCGAGUGACCUGCAGCAAGUUGGGGGAGCAUCAGCUCGCAUCCAGGAUGCCCUCAGCACAGUGUUGCAGUAUGCAGAGGACGUGCUGUCUGGAAAAGUGUCAGCUGACAAUACUGUGGGCCGCUUCUUGAUGAGCCUGGUUAACCAAGUGCCCAAGAUAGUUCCUGAGGAUUUUGAGACCAUGCUCAAUAGCAACAUCAAUGACCUGCUAAUGGUGACCUACUUGGCCAACCUCACACAGUCACAGAUCGCCCUCAAUGAGAAACUUGUAAACCUGUGAGUGGGUUCCAGCUGGCGCUUCUACCAGUCUUGAGACUCAACUGUAGGGCCAGCAUGAAGUGGAGGAGAGAUGGUUUGUGGUCUUGGGUCGCAAGUAAGUGACUCAAGUCACAAAGUAAGUAAGCUGCUUGUGACUCUAAAUAAACAUAGUUUACCUUUUGUAAAUGAA